AUGCUCUCUCUAUCUCUCCGCCUCCCAUACUCUCUCUUUCUCUCCGCCUCCCUUGCUCGAGCUAUCCAUCUCUCCACCUCCCUUGCUCUCUCUCUAUCUCCGCCUCCAUUGCUCGAUCUAUCUCUCUCUCCUCCUCCGCCGCUCUCCCUAUCUCUCCACCUCCCUUGCUCUCUCUCUCUCUGUCCCCCUCCCUUGCUCUCUCUCUCUCUCUGUCCCCCUCCAUUGCUCUGUCUCCUUCUCCGCCUUCUUGGUCGAGCUCUCUCUCUCUCCGCCUCUAACGCUCUCUCUAUCUCUCCACCUCCCUUGCUCUUUCUCUCUGUGUCCCCCUCCCUUGCUCUCUCUCUCUGUCCCCCCCAUUGCUCUGUCUCCUUCUCCGCCUUCUUGGUCGAGCUCUCUCUCUCUCCGCCUCCCAUACUCUCUCUUUCUCUCCGCCUCCCUUGCUCUCUCACUCUGCCCCCCUCCCUUAAUCCCUCUCUCUCUACGCCUCCCUUGCUCUCUCUCUAUCUCCGCCUCCCUUGCUCUCUCUCUAUCUCCGCCUCCCUUGCUCGAGCUCUCUCUCUCUCCUCCUCUGCCCCUCUCCCUAUCUCCCCGCCUCCCUUGCUCGAGCUAUCCAUCUCUCCGCCUCCCUUGCGCUCUCUCUUUCUCCGCCUCCCUUGCUCUCUCUCUAUCUCCGCCUCCCUUGCUCUCUCUCUCUCUGUCCGCCUCCCUUGCUCUCUCUCUCUGUCCCCCUCCAUUGCUCUGUCUCUUUCUCCGCCUUCUUGGUCGAGCUCUCUCUCUCUCUCUGCCUCUGACGCUCUCUCUAUCUCUCCGCCUCCCAUACUCUCUCUAUCUCUCCGCCUCCCUUGCUCGAGCUAUCCAUCUCUCCACCUCCCUUGCUCUCUCUCUAUCUCCGCCUCCAUUGCUCGAUCUAUCUCUCUCUCCUCCUCCGCCGCUCUCCCUAUCUCCCCGCCUCCCUUGCUCUCUCUCUCUCUGUCCCCCUCCCUUGCUCUCUCUCUCUGUCCCCCUCCAUUGCUCUGUCUCCUUCUCCGCCUUCUUGGUCGAGCUCUCUCUCUCUCCGCCUCUGACGCUCUCUCUAUCUCUCCGCCUCCCUUGCUCUUUCUCUCUGUGUCCCCCUCCCUUGCUCUCUCUCUCUGUCCCCCUCCAUUGCUCUGUCUCCUUCUCCGCCUUCUUGGUCGAGCUCUCUCUCUCUCUCCGCCUCCCAUACUCUCUCUUUCUCUCCGCCUCCCUUGCUCUCUCACUCUGUCCCCCUCCCUUAAUCCCUCUCUCUCUACGCCUCCCUUGCUCUCUCUCUAUCUCCGCCUCCCUUGCUCUCUCUCUAUCUCCGCCUCCCUUGCUCGAGCUCUCUCUCUCUCCUCCUCUGCCCCUCUCCCUAUCUCCCCGCCUCCCUUGCUCGAGCUAUCCAUCUCUCCGCCUCCCUUGCGCUCUCUCUUUCUCCGCCUCCCUUGCUCUCUCUCUAUCUCCGCCUCCCUUGCUCUCUCUCUCUCUGUCCGCCUCCCUUGCUCUCUCUCUCUGUCCCCCUCCAUUGCUCUGUCUCUUUCUCCGCCUUCUUGGUCGAGCUCUCUCUCUCUCUCUGCCUCUGACGCUCUCUCUAUCUCUCCGCCUCCCAUACUCUCUCUUUCUCUCCGCCUCCCUUGCUCGAGCUAUCCAUCUCUCCACCUCCCUUGCUCUCUCUCUAUCUCCGCCUCCAUUGCUCGAUCUAUCUCUCUCUCCUCCUCCGCCGCUCUCCCUAUCUCUCCACCUCCCUUGCUCUCUCUCUCUCUGUCCCCCUCCCUUGCUCUCUCUCUCUCUCUGUCCCCCUCCAUUGCUCUGUCUCCUUCUCCGCCUUCUUGGUCGAGCUCUCUCUCUCUCCGCCUCUGA